AUGAACAAACACAUGUCUUCCCAGAAUUUAACCAAAUCGCCUGAUAAGGAAACAGGCACACAAUAUCGUCCACAACGGCUUUCGUAUGCCAAGGUUACCAGUACUCAUUCCUCAGCACGUACUCAUUCCCCAACGCGGGAUUCGUUGAAAGCAACAGCUCAUGACAAUUCUUUGCACUCGAAUGUGUGGAAAGCCGGUGGCUCUCCUGCUUCCUGUACCAGCUUGUUCUUUGAUUUCACGUCUCGUUCCGAAAAUCGCUCCCAGCUUUUGUGCCAUAUAAACGAAAGCUUUCCCAACAAUUGUGGUGUUCGCCUUCACUCGGAUCAUGCUCGCCGUAUUGUUGAAUUAUUCAUCGAUGACUCCAACGUUUACCAGAAAGCUUGUACGUCAGGCCUUGUUUUCAAGGAUGGUGUGCGUAUCUUGCCUAGUGUACCUUUACCAGCUGAUUCCCUUCUCAUUCAUCUUCGACUCAGCAACCUUCCUUUUACCUCUCGAGAUAAGCUUACCGAUGGAAUUUAUAAGGCUCUCUCACCCUUUGGUGAUGUUCUUGAUUAUGGUAUUCUCCGUGAUCAUGACUCUAAGUUGUUCAUGGGACACGGAUAUGCAACAUUAAACGUUUCAGGUUCAAAACAAUCAUCAUCGCUCUCACACACGAUUUCAUGGCCUAACCCCGAAGACUGGUUUUAUGCAACAUGGGCUGAAAUGCCGCUUCAUUGCCUUCAUUGCCACAAAUCCGGUCAUUCUAUGUCCUCAUGUCCUACCCACCCAAGCAGAUAUCGCCCCUGUUGGUCUUGCGGCCAAAAUGGCCACCGUGCCGCUAAAUGUCCCAAUCGCCGCCCUAUUGUUGUCAAGCCCAUCAAUGACCCACCAAUGUCCCCAUCGUCUUCUGUUUCCACUGCUGCCAGCCAUUCUGAUGUAUCGAUGCUUAGCACUGAUUACUCACCCCUUGAAGCCCACAACGACAUGAUUAUCAGUACUCAUAUUACAGAAUCUUCCCCUGAAAAACCAUCAGCCAAAUCAUCUAAGGCACCAACACCGCCCGAGUCCAUCGAUCGUAUGUUGACGACUUUUCCCAUGUCUGAUGAAGCCAAGGAAAUCAUUCGAUCUUUGCCUUUAUCAAGUUUUACCACCCUUUAUUUUAAGCUUAAAAGUCGGGGUAAACUUUUUCCGUCUUCUGCCACUCCUUCCAAUUCGUCGGGGAGUGUCUCUUCCAUGAGACUUAAUGAUUCCAAUUAG